AUGGCUUGUAAGUUCCGGAAACGAAUACUCUCAAUUGUACACUGCAUACAAAUAACCAAGCGUUCAAGAUAUAAACACAAGGCGCCUGCGUGCUGCAAAAGAUCUGAACACAUGGCUGAACUGAACUUAGGUGCAGGCGUGGUAGGGAGGUCAUCCGAUGCAAUUCCUGAAUCUGACUCUCAUGGACAGGAUGCGCCACAAGGACAACGCGGUUUCGCCAGCACGCUGCAAGAGAACAUUAUGAGGAGCUUCGAUUCUGUAGGCAAAAAAUUCAAUGUGCUUGACAGGCUAUUCAAAAAGAAUAAUGGUACAACGGGCUUGCAGUUUGGCGCGAAUGCCGACGGGGUUUUCAGCAACUUAACAGCUAAGCCUGAUGAAAGUGGAUCCGUGGAGCUCCAGGAUAGGGAUAAGCCACCAAACUAUGAGGAAGCAGCCGCUGACAUGGCCCCUUCUUACUACGGUAUGGACGAAGAUGGCAUAGGCAUGUACUACAACGAAAUAUGCUUCGAAGGACUACCCGUUGGUAAUGUUGUUAACCUCCUGUGGAAUAUAAUAGUGAGCGUCAGCUUCCAGUUUGUGGGAUUUUUGUUAACAUACAUCCUGCACACAUCACAUGCUGCUAAGCAAGGCUCUCGUUUUGGCUUAGGCCUCACCUUUUUGGGGUACGGUUAUUCGAUGAUACCAAACGAUGUAACUUCCAAGGUUGGCAAAAGCAAAUCUAUUAGUAAACUGAAGCCGCUCGAUCCAAAUGAAUUCGACGACAUGCAUUUAUACUCAGGAAGCGCUACAAAAGAUGAAUUUGAAUCAAGCUUAAGCCAUGGAAUUGAUGAGAAAAAGAGCGGUAUACCGUUUCUUGCUAUUUUGCUGUUUGUGAGCGGUUUCUCGAUUAUGUUCAAAAGCAUUUAUGACUACGUUAAAGUCAAAAGGAAGGAAAGGCGCUACCUGACUCAAGAGCAAGUUUAA